UAGAGGGCAGCAAACUAGCCGUCCAUAAAACUUCCAGGCAAAAUGGCUGCGCCCAUGUUGGAGGAAGGUUUGAUAAAUUCUGAUGAUUACUACGCUAUUUUGAACACGAGGAAAGAGGCUAGCAGUGAUGAACUUCGGGCUGCGUAUCGACGCAUGUGUGUUCUGUAUCACCCGGACAAACACCGAGAUGAGAAGGACAAAACAGCUGCUGAGGCCGUCUUCAAUAAAGUACAGAAAGCUUAUCAAGUCCUAAACGACCCGAGUAAAAGAGCCAUCUAUGACGUGUACGGGGAGACGGGUCUGGAGGCGGAAUGGGACAUCGUACCCAGACGGAGGACACCCCAAGAAAUCCACGACGAGUAUGAGAGACUAGCAAAGGAAAAGGAGGAACGACGUCUGCAACAGAGCACCAAUCCAAGGGGAGCAAUCACUGUUGGAAUUGACGCCACGGAUCUCUUUGACGUUUACGAAGACUACGACAUGGAGUUUAGCGGUGUCCCAUCUAUAGAAGUCAAGAACAUGUCCAUUACACAAUCUAUUGACGCUCCGUUGACACCCACCGACACGGCUGUGCUGUCUGGUAACCUGUCGACUCAGAAUGGUAACGGCAGCGGUAACUUCAACGUGGCCUAUCGGCGCAUAUUCUCCUACCAGUCUUGGGGGGAGUUCCAGGCAUCAGCAGGCGGUGGGCCCACCCUAGCUCUGAAGAUUUUCAGGAACAUCAACAAGAGAAGUUUUGUGAGCUGUACGGGUUCCGCUCGGCUGUUAUCGGGAACGGUCAUCGCCCCAGGCAUAGCCACAGUGGCUGGGAGGCAGCUGGAUAAACACACGAUGGGUUAUAUGACUUGGAGAUGGGGGAUGGCAUCCUCCAUGACAACCAUGGUCGUCAGGGAUACGCAGUCAACGCACACUAUGUGCCAAAUGCAGCUUGGAAUUCCAAAUUCGUUUGUUAGCGUAAGCUUCACCAAGAAGUUUCCAGAGCACGACGGCAAAAUCACACUAGCUGCCAAGGUGGGCCUACUCGGGUCAGUAUUCGAGUACGGCUGCGACAAGAAGAUAUCAAGGCACAGCAGGGCGGCUGCCAAAAUCAGCAUAGGAAUCCCGGCCGGGGUCACUCUGAGGCUAAGGUUAGCAAGAGGUAAUCAGACCUUCCUCUUCCCCAUCCACCUCUCCCACGAGCUUUCACCCCAGGCCUUGUUCUACGGCACCGUGGCCCCCCUCCUCGCGUACUGGUUCAUCAAGGUCCUUGUGGUGGACCCAUUCCUCAACAAGCGAAAAACAGACGAGCUUGCCAAGGAACGUGACUCUAAGCAAGAGAUGAUGGACCUGAAGAAACAAGAAGCUCAGGAUGAGGUGCACCUCAUGCAAGAAAUGGUACAGCGCAUCGUCGAGACGGAACGCAACCGGGAGGGGCUAAUCAUCACCAGGGCGUGGUAUGGCAAGCUGGUCAUCCGGGAAGCCGAGGAGGAGAACGGAGACGGGGAGGUCGGCGGGGAAAUCGAGGGCAUGAUUGACGUGACGGUACAGCUACAGUGCCAAGUCAAGGACUCCAAGCUGAUGCUAACGGAUGCCUCCAAGGCUGCCCUGCCAGGGUUUUACGACCCAUGCGUGGGCGAAGAGAAAAAUCUUCGGGUCCAAUACGAGUUUCACGGUGAACAACACGAAUGCACGAUAGCAGAUAACGAACCUCUGCGAAUACCCAAAAGAUCUCACCAUGUUAAUCCCAGUUGAGACGGGGCGAAAUCCUGGUAACAUAAGCCAAACUUCCAGCAAACCUUCAAGACUUUUUGUCUUCACUGACCUGAAUUUGAACCAUCCCAAGACGUUUACAGAAUUGUUGAAUUUUUUGGCCCCUUUCCUUUGAUCAUGCCUCCAAGUAUCUCUAAUGGAUCCCUCCUGCCUGUCAGUCAAACUGCACAUUAACCAAU